CAUAAUGUGACCUCUCAUCAGCGCACCUCACCCGCCUCACUCUGCUCACCUUGCAGCCCGCUCCAAGGUCCAGUUCAGUCAGUGUGGAUACGCCAUCAGAGACAGUCCACUCCAACCUCAGGACAUCAGAUCACUUUGAACCCGAGUACCAAAGAUGGGAGACUGGGGGUUCUUGUCAACUUUACUGGACAAGGUCCAGUCCCACUCGACAGUCAUAGGAAAGAUCUGGAUGACGGUGCUCUUCCUGUUCCGCAUCAUGGUGCUGGGCGCCGGCGCCGAGAGCGUUUGGGGCGACGAGCAGUCGGACUUCAUCUGUAACACUCAGCAGCCCGGUUGCGAGAACGUGUGCUACGACUGGACCUUUCCCAUCUCGCACAUCCGCUUCUGGGUCCUCCAGAUCAUCUUCGUGUCCACGCCCACGCUCAUCUACCUGGGGCACGCCGUGCACGUCAUCCACCAGGAGAACAAGCUCAGGGAGGAGCUUGCCAGCCCGGGCGGACGCCCUGUCAAGUCGCCCAAGUACACGGACGAGAAAGGCAAUGUAAAGGUGAAGGGGAAGCUUCUGGGCAGCUACCUGACCCAGCUGGGGUUCAAGAUCAUCAUCGAGGCCGCCUUCAUCACGGGCCAGUACUACCUGUACGGCUUCGUCAUGGUGCCCAUGUUCCCCUGCUCCAGGAAGCCCUGCCCCUUCACGGUGGAAUGUUACAUGUCGCGACCCACCGAGAAGACCAUCUUCAUCAUCUUCAUGCUGGCGGUGGCCUGUGUGUCCCUGCUGCUCAACGUGGUGGAGGUCUUCUACCUGCUGUGCACCAAGUGCAAGUCCAGGUCUCGCGGCCGCGUGUUCACCGCUGCCCGGUUCCCCGCCGAGCUGCCGCCUCCCUGCUUUCCCGGCACCGACGACGCCCUCCGGCAGAACAAGAAGAACCUGGAGCUGGAGGACCGUAAAAGCGUGGGGGGAAGUCUGGACGGCGCCAAGGAAGAGAAGAUGCUGUUGGACCGCCAUCAGAACUGUUAGCAUGUAGCGUGUGAGUGUAUGGAAGACCACGGGGUCUCCGGGUCUGGGUCUGGGUCUGGGUCUGGGUCUGGUUCUGGUUCGCCUCUAAGUUGGCUUUGCUUUGAUGAAUUUAUUUUGUACUUUGGAAAAAAUAAAACUCUAAUGAUGUCGACGGUGCAAUAAAGUAUUUAUGCUUUCAUGUUUUGCUCGUUGAUUGUGUUUAACUUAUUGCUAAAACAAUCCCUGCUGAAUGAUGAUGAUGAUGAUGAUGAUGAUGAUGAUGGUGAAGAGUCGCUAUCGUGCCUAUAUUGUCCUUUUUUUAAAAAGUAUUUUUUAUGCUGUUGUU